AUGGCUGGUGCCUUGGAGCCCCAAUUCUCAGCUAAUGCAGACACGGGAAAGCUCGGAGUCUCCCUGUCCCCUCUCCUCGUAACCAAUGGCGGGAGAUGGUCCCUCUCGGUGGAGGGACAGGCACUUGAGCGCGAGUUUAAGUUCAAGACGUUUGCCAAGACAUGGCUUUACCAGGAUUUCAUGACAGCUGUAUCUCUCCAGUGCAAGCUCAAGAACCACCACCCCGAGUGGUCUAACGUAUUCAACACAACCUUCAUCCGCUGGACAACCCACCACCCUAAAGGCCUCUCUGAGAAGGAUAUCGAGCUGGCGGCGAUCUGCGACAAGCUGGCCACCGACUUUGGCGAGCUCGCCGUCGAAGGACUCCAAGGCCAACAACAAGAGCAGCAGCAGCAGCAGCAGGGAGAGGCAUGUGGCUUGCCCGGCCUGGCAAACAGGGCGGUGGGAUCCGCGGGGGAUUGUUGCGUUCCCAAGAGCGCGAAGUGA